UGAUCGAGCACAACAUCAGCCAUGACGGAAGUACUUCUAGUUGCGACAUAGCUCGAUUCUCUCAAACAUUUCAGUUCUAAACGAUCCGUUUCCCGGUGAACUAAGCUACAAAAGGUUAUAGUGAAAACCGAUCGACCGGAGAGCUUUUUCAGCCUUUUUCAAAUAGACGAUUUGUGAAUUAAACAUAAACCACCACCAGAGACAAUGGUAAGUUACAAAUUUACUUAAGGAUACGGAAAUGGCAUGAUAACUUCUUGCAUUGUUUACGUAGUAUCAUUUCACAUUCGUAUUGUAAAACUAUGGAGAAAAAAACCUCAUAGACGAAAACAGGAAAAUACACAGACGUGUUUGAAAUUCGAUCAGCAUUUCCUUUGCGUUAUUAAACAUGAAUCACUGAUAACAUUUCUCUAGCGAUGGACGCUCAGAUCUUCAUUUGCCAUUCAAAAUAUUUAAAAUGUGAUUGCUGAUUGUUACUAAGCGUCUGAUCUUUCGACAAUUUUUAUUUUCUUAUUUAAACGAACUUGAUGGUAACGGAAUUAGAAAAGCAUUAGUCGCUGUCGAAUGAUCGAUUAUCUUGAAUGAGGUCAUUUAAAAAAAAAAUCAAACAGCAUAAAUAACAUUUGUGAUCACGCAAUUGGCUUUUCACAAUUGCUUUAUUUGCGAUGAAUGUACGUGUAUGUAAAUCAUUGAAGUUUUUUUCUCUCACAUUUACGCGAAUUUUUCUUAAGAAAAUCUUAAAUCAUAACAAAAUAUUAUACUUGCUAGAGAUCGAUGGGUUAACUUUAAUUGUAGAUGAUCAAGCAAUGAUUUACCAAAUCUAAAGGUCUUGUUGUGUAAUUUUCCGUCAGUUGCGGUGAAUAGGUAAGUUAACCAAUAUUGUAGCUACCUCUUCAUGCAAAUGAAACGGGCAGUAACUUUUGACUUGUCAAUUUUCGGUUUACUUUUCCAGUUAUUUGCAGAAUCAACCAGCUGAAUAAUAUCGUUCGCCCUCCCGGAAGUACACGAAUUUUCUCGAACGCUUCAUCAAGUUCCGUUAAGAAUUGUUCGAAUUAUUCUCUUUUAAAGCAUAACAUAACUUGAGAAGCAUGAUAACUUACGAUGUAGCAUCACAGUUGUCUUUGAUUAGGUCACCGCUUGUCAAGAUUAUUAGUCAUAGAUUUACACUCACCACGUUUGUUUGUACUCGAUAAAAAUCAUUUUUAAAAGUGUACAUGUCUUGAUAUACUAAAUGGUUUGAACUGGUUUGAAAUAGUUUGAUAUCAUUUGACCGAGUGGUUUGGGUGGUUCUAAGAAGGACCAUUUUGAAAGUAGCGACUGACUUUUCGACAACUUCACUAAAAGUCGGUAUUAAAGUCGAGCGUAGAGUUGUGGUCAGGAGAGUGUUUUAAGUCCAUUUCGUGUAAAUUAAUUGGUUAGUUUCGAUAUGUAGUUAUUGCCUUUAAGACUUUAGUGGCUCUACGCCAAUUGAGUAUAAAUAAUAAUGGUAAUAAUAAUAAUGAUUUAUUCAGGUUUUCCAGACCAUGAGUUGUUGCUUUUCAUCCAGAAUCUAAAGCCACACGAUUCAUAAACUUAUCACAGUCCACCACUGGUUUAAAAUAAUUUCAAUACAAUUUAGGUAAUCUUAAUGCGAUAGUAUAUAUAUGUAUAUAUAUAUUUCUAUAUGAGUACUGUAAUUUGCUAAAAAUAAAACUAUGCAAAUAAAUGAAUAAUUGCCUAUCUUUUGCAACAGUAUUAAAAUAAUGGUUGCUUCCCCUUCUCAAAAAGUCCCUGUCUGAUAUGUUCCUAACGUCCUUAGGGAGGCUAUUAAAGACUUUGGCAAAAAUAUGUCUUUUGGAACUGUCAAUGGUAAUAAUAAUGAUAAUAAUAACACUAAUAAUAGUAAUAAUAAUGACAAUAAUGAUAAUAAUUAUUAAAAUGAGCAAUUUCAGAGACAAAAAUAUAUCUAAAAGGUAAAAACCAAACGUUUUCGACAGCUAAGUCAUCAUGAAUUACGAUGAUGAUGAUGACCUAACGUCGAAGAUGUUUGGUUUUACUUUUUAGAUAUAUUUUUAUCGUGUUAAUAGUUCAUUUUUUAACCUAAGCAAACUUUAUGGACAAUGAUGAUGAUGAUGAUAAUGAUAGUAAUAAUAAUAAUAAUAAUAAUAAUAAUAAUAAUAACUGUUUUUUCAAAAUUAAACCGAAAAGCGAAAAGGAGAUAAAAGAAGUUAUACCUUUCUAGAUUAUCUCCUCCUAAAAGUAAUUAAAAUAUUUGUAACUGUUUUAAAAUGGAAAAAUGUCACACCUUCAGUUAGAUUAAUGUUCACGCAAAACGCUCGUAAGAUAAUAUUUGAGUCUACUCCUAUAAAUGUUCAAAUUGUCCACCUCAACGAUUUCUCCUGGCAAAUAAUUCCAUGAAUCAAUUAUACAAAGAAAAUAAUAUUUAAACUUUUUUAAAGGUGGGGAUGCAGACUUAAGUUUGAAACAGCGCUUAGCUCUCAAGGGUCGAAAAUCAUUUGCGAGUAUAAAACAGUCUGAGGGGUCCGAGACCAUUGUCUUAUAACGCUCAGAGAGCGAAGAAAAUAAUCUUCUUUGAUACCACGUUGGCCAUUUAAGAAACUUUAGACUUUCUUCGAAGGACAAAUCCCUCCCAAUAUAUCUGCAUUUUUCUUGAAGAGAAAAAAGCGUAUGUUCUGAUAUUUUAGCCAUGACGUAAGAGAACGGCUUAUCUUAAUACACUUUAAAGGGGCAUGUUUUUCCAGCUAGUCAAAUAGCAUUGUGUUGAACAUAAUCUGGGUCAUCAACAUAGUAUAAUGCACUCAUUGGUAGGCCUUUUUCAUCUUCAAUAUAGGCAUAUUCAGAGAAGCGACGUUCAUUCCUAAUGUAUUUGUAUCAUGGUUCAAAUCGGUUAACUCGUGCGUUCUCGCAGACGUAAGGUGCACAGUAAUCGCUAAUCACUGGGGGCGGUAGCAUAUCAGUGUUUGUCAGUCUGUUUAUAUAGUUAGUUAUAAAGUGAUCAAUUGGAUUUUUCGACUCGGCUGUGAUUCGUGACUUAGAGUGACUACCGGCGGUAGAUCGCACAUGCUGAGAAUAUCAGCGUAUUACAUGGUAAUGCCGCGUCUGACUUAAGCACAUCAAUAUCAAACUCACCCGUUAUCACGAGUAGUCCAUCUCAGUUAGCUGAGAUAUGAGCUAACAUAGUUUCAAAACCUUCUAGCCAGGUUCUUUGCAGAAUUCGUUUGAAUCAAUAUGUCAUGCCGAGUACCACUUUUCUGUUGUUAUUGCGGCCAGGGAUCACUUUAUGUCUGGCUUUAGUUUCUCAAUGUCCUGAAGACGCUUGAACUUGAGGAUCAGACUACACGAUCAAGGAUGUUAUGAUAUGAUUUUAGAUCUCUUGAUGGAUACAUUGCCAUGACUUGUUAUUCUUAUGCUGCAUUAGAUAGAUAGUUGCUGUCUGUUGCAGAUUUUCUCCCAGUUUUAUGGCUGGAUCAUUGACCUUUGCGGGAGACCGUCAAAUCGUAAUAACUUACUUAUUAGUCUAUGCCAAAACAAAAUAAGCCAUGACUAGCAAAGUUAGAAAAUUAGUAAGCUGAUUAUGACGCUUAGGAAUCACGAUUGGAGAACUUGGUUAUUCGUUUUUAUUUGUUUGUUGUUUGAUUACUUUUUUGUUUUGUCGCGAAUAAACCCUCCUUGCUUGAGGCUAUUGAAAUUGUCAGCUGAUUAGAAUUGUUCUGGUUUUCAGUUGAUCAAUUGAAACGUACGAGAAGAGAGGCUGGAAAUGGAUAGUGAAUAUGUGCCAGUAUCCGAAGAAUUUAAGAGCCGUGUCAUUGGAAGGGAUGGAAGCGUGUUGAAUAGUAUAAGAGAGAGAUCGGGAGCAAUAAUUACAUCCAGAUAUAGAGAAGAAGAAGGAUUUACUGUCAGUGGAAAUGACCAGCAGAGAGAAACUGCAAAAAGACUAAUUUUAGAAAAAGUGGUGAGUUGAUUUUUUACUCAUAAACGAUGCGGUAACAAAAUUGAAAUACCUUAAAAAAUUCUGGAUACCAUACCGUUCGGUUCCAGAUUAGUUUCUAUAGCCUAAAUACUUUCCUGAUAAGAUGUUCAAAAGGUAACUACAGUGUAUGAAUUCUUUAAUGAACGGAGGUGAUUGUGAACAAAAUUACACUCGUUUUGUUGACUCGAAUGUUAUUGAGUGUCCACGAAUGCUGUUUAGUUUAGAUCUACUAACAUGCGAGCAGCAAGUUACCGCCUUUUUCUUCACAGGAGGAAAUAGAGCUAACCAAGUGGGAGGAAGUGGAGAUUCCUACCGAAUACAAAGGUUUGGUGAUUGGAAAGCACGGAGCUAAUCUGCUUGUAAUAAGCAAAGAGACAGGAGCAAAAGUGACCCGUAAAAGAGGAGAGGUGCACAUUACACAGGGAACAAAGCAACAAAGAGAUCACGUGAAGUUGCUUAUCAAACGCCAAGUGGUAUGUGGUUUGGAUAGAUUUUAUUCUCCUCAAUCAAUAAGUUUAAGUCGUUUUUUACCUCGGUAACUUUUUUUUGCGCCCUAAGAAGUGAAGGCAGCCUUUCAAUCCUCUCACCAUCAUAACUGAGCCACUCAACUCUUCAAAUAAAGUGCAAUCAGCUACGCAGGGUAAAGUAUUAUCAACUCUGUCUUUUUCUUUUUUUAAGCUUAAACCAAUUUUGUUUGUUACGACAAUAUCGUUACUAUUUUUCUCUCUAUACUAUUACCAGAGAUGCAAUUGUGUUAUUUGUACGUGUUCCAGAUAUCGUUUGCACAUGCUUAAGCUCAAAAGCAUGCUAAAUGUGGUUCCUAUUAUUCGACAUCAUCAUACUCGAUGACGUUUAAACUCGGAAGAUAUUAAUUGUUGCAUGUGCUCCAAAAAAUGACAGGCUUUACUCAAUAGCAACUUGCAAAUUAGCUCUUGACAAUCUAUUAUGGUGUGUCAUUGUAAGAAGAAAGGAAAGUGAAUAUUUCAGAGAGCUUCAUCUUUUGCAAGUCAGGGUGAAGACAUAUACAUACAUUGCUUUUAAAGCAGGUUUUAUACAGAGAUCUCAGUACACAUUUCAUUAUGUGCCUUCUUUCUGGGAUUAUUCGGCUUUCGAACAAAGUCACUUUAUUUCCUCUCUCUGAGUGGCCGAGAGGAUUUUCCUCAUGGUCUAACACUACGUGUACGUUAUUUUCUUUUCUUGUAUCUUUACAUCUACUACGUAUAUCUCUGUUGGCAGAUAACUGCAGGUGCAAAAAAUAAAUAGUAUAACAUUUGAUAACCACCUCCAGUUGUCUUUCCUUUGGUUGAAAAACAUUAAAAACUAACCAAGGAACUCAUCAAUUUCAGGCUUUAGCACGACUCAGGGGCCUAGAAAACAAAAGCUAUACAGUCUGCUGUUUCAUUGACGAUUGGAAUAUUACCGAGAACUGUAAACUGAAGCUGGAGCGAGUUUCAGAAAAAGAUUGUUUGGUGGUCCCCAGCUCGCAGGCGCAGUUUCGACUACAAUCUUCAAGAGAAUCCAACCUACAGGUUUGCAAUUUCAUAUAACAAUUUAAGGUCUAAACAAAAUGUCAAAUGGGUACAAAUUAUUAUUGUACGAUUUAAAUGGAACGAAAUUGUGUUGUGGUAACUCAUCGCUUUUUCAUUUUGAGGUUUUAAUUAUCGUAUGCUUCUUUGCACUAUGAAAGUUGAACUGGGAUAACGAAGAACGUCCUCGGCAAAUCGAAUUGCAAGUAUUGUAUUUUGAGUUUUCUUAUCCUCUAACGAAUCUUGAUUCAUUUCAUAGUGGACCGAACCAUAGCCAGUAACGUUAUUGGCGGCAUCUUUAUGUAAAUUAUCCGUAGGUACUAUGGCAACACCUCAUCGUGCAUGUCUGAAUGAAAAACAAUAUGCCAGGUUUGUUAUGCACUUUGUCUUUGUCAAAGGUCAGUGAUAUCCAGUGAAAUAGUUAGAUGAUGUUUAACUUCUUCAUGUAUCUUCCUUUGAAUAGGAAUGUGUGAGUGACUCAGGCUAUUUAUCAAAACUUCAUGACGCCACGUUGGAAUCACUGCGAAAACUGAAAGCUAACAUGGAUUCAAGCAACCAGUUAGAAGCUGACAUGUGGUGUCAUUUUGGAUUAGCCACUAUUAGUGGGCCUAGUGAAGGUAACACCUAACACCUGGUAGCACAGGUCAAAAGGAACUUUCACUACAAAAUACGAAUGAUAUGUAUAAAUGACCUUGCAGUCAUCAUCUUGCGGUACGAUAAAUCAGUUAACCCCUCAGGCACGUUAUAAUUAAAUGAAUCAACUGACGUUUUGCCUUCAUUGGUGCACCAUUACCAAGGCGACUAAGAAAAGAUUUUGAUGUUAUUAUGGGUUAAACAAAUUCACAUAUCAAUAACAAUUACUUUCCGUGGAUGUGAAAAGUUUUAUGAAUACCUUGCGCCAGUAUGGAGCUAACAUUCAAGGAACGUUGUUAUCAUUAUCAUGUAAAUUUUUUUAAAUUUCAUUAUAACAUCAACCUUUUUUGCUUAGUGACCUUGACCGCGAUGUCACGACGAUAAUUUACAUCGAUUAGCCUAAUCGACAUUUAAGUAUCGUCGUGAAACUGGGUUUCUUCAAUUUGUACCUGCUUAUGCGUUUUAAAACCCUUAAUUCCUCCUUACUUUAAUUCAACUUAACAGAAAAUGUUAGCUUCCUACUACAGUAGUGAUUAUCAAAUCUAGAGAUUUUACCUGGGUAAUGAGCUUCAUGGUUUAAAACUUAUGCUUAAAGGAGCUUUGUUAUCCCUUACAGAGGACAUUGGGAAAGAAGAAUGGAGCAUAGAUGAUGCAGCAGCAAAGUUUCAGUCGUCAAGGGAAGGAAAUUAUUGGAAGGUUACUUUUCAAGAAGGCGUGAAUUUCAUUGAGGAUAUUUUCAGAGGAUAUUACUAUGACGAUACACCAAAAGAAUACCUCGACUACGCCGCAAGAUAUGACUUAACAUUCUUCACUCCAUGCAGUCGUCAAGUGAGAUGUAAGGUGAGUCGGUUUAAGGAAGCGAUUAAAGUGACUGGGGCCUGUUUUUCGUAGUUCCUGGUAACUUAACGGGCCUGAAGCCCGAAAUAAAAAUUUAAAGAAUAAUGAGGCAAGUUCUGGCUCCAUUUCAUGAUUUUUUUCUUUAGCUGACAGUUUUUAUUUCAUUAUUUUUAAAACUUUUGAAACCACUCUCUUGAAUGAAAACAGAACAGCUUUAUGGGCCCGUUAAGUUACCGACCUUUCAAGUAAAGGGCCCCUGGCCCGCUUUGCAAGACUUGCUUGGUUUACCUGACAAGAUAUCAAUUAUUCCAGUCGAACUCGCACAAAUUGGCAAUAUCGCCACAGAACAUCCGGUAGAGACUGUAUCAGAAAUUCAUAUUUCGCUUCAAUAUGUAUAACUAUAACUGCAAAGCGAGCAGUAUACAAAUUAACUUUACUUACGCCAAGAUUUUUCUGUCUUUAACUGUAUGUUUUGGGGAGUGUCAUUGUCGUUGGUAAUUAACUUUAGAGAAUUUGAAGACUGGGUGUAUAUUGACGGUUAUAGAGCGUACCUAUGGUGAGCUACACUUUAAGGCAAGAUGGAUGUAUUUAAAAACGCCAUAAUUACGUGGAUCUUUUACCACUUUUCAGUAUAUUGGCGUUCCCUGUAAAUUUGAAACAGAGGAUAAUGUUAAACUCUGAAACGGCCGCCCAAAAUACAACAGUGGAUAUCAGAUUUGAAAGCCUCUGCCCGAUAAAAUAUCUUACAACAUUCGCUACGGUUAUGUCACAUCAAUAAUUUCAGUGCCUCUCCAAGUAAUGUUGUCGAGGCAGAAAAUUUUUGUAACUUUAGGAGGCUUUGGAUCAGGUAUUUCUGAAAUUCCAUUUUCCAACAUUUUGCACAUGAAGAAUAUAUUAUUUUGAGUAAUUUAAACAUGUUAUUCUUGGUUAAGGUCAGGUCCAUGUUGACUUGGAGAUUAGCACCCUCUUUAAAUCUCACAAUUUGCAUUUAUUUUUACAUCGUAAACCACGUUGUUUUGAAUAUGAAUAACAACAACAACAACAGCAACAACAAAAACAACAUCAGCAACUCGUUCCGAAGGGCGUGCCAAGAAGGAUUCGAUUAAAGCUUGAGUUAUAUAACUUAGCAAACAAUUUUUGAAUGUCUGGUUUUAAGGUCUGGGUGGCUAGAAAGAAUGUCAAGAAAAAAUUGGAAGGCAUUCCAUUACCACUUAGUGACGUCAAAAACAUUCUGAAAGAAAUUUGCUUCACCGAUGAAACCACUCGGUCACGAAGUCGAGGCUGGAUAGUUCUUCCCUCGCGAAGAUAUUUACAAGGAGAUAUUUUAUUUCCCGGGUGCGAGUUUGAUUGCAGACUCACCAUACGUGAACGAACAGGUAAGUUCUGUGGAAAUACUCUAAAUGCAUAGAUGGAAUGUCUCUCACGAAAUGAAAAAUUCAGGUACUAGGGUCUACAAAUUUUUAUGCCAUAAAAGGGUAAGGAAUUAUUUUCUUCUACAAUUCCCAAGAGCCUCUUCGGUUUCUUCAUUAAGUUUAGGAAUGCUGGCUGCCCUAAAGGGCGUAAUUGGUUCGCAUUGAGCUGAGGAGGAGAAGCCAAUUGGAAAAUAUAAGGCUAGAAAUAAAAUCGGAGAAGAACCGCUCUAUUUCAGCAUUUUAAUCUGAUUGAUGUUCUUGACUUCAACGACUAAGCAAGAAUUUAUGUCUAGGGUCAAUAAGCCAAGAGGUUUUUUCGCCUUGUUAAAAUCAACGGGCUUGCAGAAAAUUACUCUAUAUUGAAUAUCAACCCAACAGCAGCUCGAUCCGGAAUUAUCCUCGUCGCUUGAUUCUGAUGGUUAAAGCGAGCAAGAAAAUGUGUUUUAGAGAAAUGAAAAUUAAUCAUUAAAUUGUAGAAUCUUAUCCGAUAGUCAUAAAAGCUAUCACACAAUCAGUUUUUGUUGUUAAGUGUUGUUAACGUUUCUGGUUUUUGUCUGUGUAUUUGUGUUAAACAGGGAAUGCCACAGAUCUAGACCAUGUACCCAAAGAAGAUGUUAUACGCGUGUUGGCAGAUUAUCUUUCUGAGAUGACUUUGAAGGAAGACGACUCUUUUGGACUAAAACUCCCGGAGAAGAAGAUCCCAGAAGGAUAUCAUUUGAGCCACAAGCGGUUUUCCAAACGAAUCGUGUACAAGUCCAAACCAGGUUUCAGUAUAAUUCUAUCGAGGGAACUAUCGUGGCGCCUUGUGGUGACUGAUGAAAGAUCCAGAGAAUCGGUAUUGACUACUAAAUAAGGACAAACUGAGUCCUCCUUGCUUAAUGAAAGCAAGGAGGUUUCUUUAACAUUAUCCAAGAGGCAGCAGGUUAUAUGAUAAAUCCUUUCUAUUUUCAUUCUUUUCUGUAGACUGAUCUACACCUACAUUGUGACGAGUGGGACAGGCUACUCAGGAGUGGGCAGUGGGAAGCGGAGAUGAUUGUCAGAAAGUUACCCGAUUUUCUUGAAUUUGUCAAAGAAGUUCAAGGCUUUGUUGUCGGAAAGAUAAUGAGAAGUGGGCUGGAAAGGAUAGGUAAAUGGAAAAUUUGACUUUUUUUAAGGUUAUUCUUUAAUUAUGCGUUACGCAUUUUCAGUAAAAAAAUAUUGAAUUAUCGUCGCUGGACUUUCGUAACAAUAAGGUAAAGAAAAAGGUUGAAAGAAAUAAAAAAGCUACUAUUCUUUUGCCACGAGCGUAAGAUGGAGAAAACAUUUGAGUUCAGUACGAGGAUUUGGACACCAGACCAGAUUUCGCUGUCUAGUAUUACCUUUAGCUGACUUGGUUAACUCCUGCGAAUUGGUCGUUUGUUAAUUGGUUCUUUGCAGUUUUAGUGAAGCCAAAGAUAAUGGUCCGCAAUAUCUUAAACUCAAAUAUACUUUUCCUUUGACAAAAAUGACAUAUUUCUGUGGUGUACUUGCGUGAUGUUGCUGUGGUAACAAAUUAAUGUAGGAUUGUAUUGGUAGACCACAGGCAGCCCAAGCUCACGUCUCGAGUAAAAGCAAACGAUAAAUUUAUGAAAGCGUCACGCGUUGUGACUCGGUAUUGAAUUGCGAGAAACUACAACGGAUACACAGGAUGUGAGUAACUUUUAUCGAUUUAACGUGUAGAAUGUUCAUAUUUCAAAAUAUUUAUUGAUGUAAAUGUAAUUUCGUUCCCCAUACUAUUCCUCAUAACGUGUUCAAAUUUUUAACGGUUCCUCUCGUACCAUAACACCGAGUCACACAACGCGUGACGCUUUCAUGAAUUAAUCAUUGAAUUUUUCUCGAGACGUGAGCUUGGGUCGCCUGUAGUCUUGGGGCGCCUUAGCUCACUUUGUGUGUCUUGUGCCAAAAGGCACACAAAGUAAGCUAAGACAACUAUCACGGUGACUUUAGUUUUGUAACACCAACAAGACAAAAACAUUAGGCCAUUAUAUUAGCAGCCAUCAAUGUACUGCUUUUUCAGCUAAAUCGCGAACCCGAAUUUGUCAGUCUUUUGAAAAAGCUUGCAAUAUCCUUGCUACUAUCAUAAGUAUGUUUUUUCUUAACUACCCUACAAACAUGCAGUUCCUCCAGAGAUUCUUGCAAGAGGACCUCUCGCUCUACAGGCCUAUUACAACGCCCUGCAUGAAGGAAAAAUCUGUGACAGGAGGGUACCGCUGAUGUUGGUUGGACAAGACCGAUCCGGAAAGACUAGCUUGAAGAAAUCGUUGAAGGGCAUAUGCUUCAACCCAGAGGAGGAGAGCACUGUGGGCAUCGAUCUCGAUCCUAACCCUUUUGAAGUGACCACGGAAAUGUGGAUGACAGGAAAAAAGAAUGAAGAAGGAGAAGUUGAUGAAGAAGCUAUUUCGUUUGAGCAAAAUGCUGCACGUUUGGCUGCUGACACAUUAAGGACGACAGAAACCGUCAAUCAGAUUAGUAGAAGACACAAUCCUGGCGAGGGAGAGGACUAUGAUAUUGAUGAGACCGAUGAUCUAUUGGAGGCAACCUCCACUGACUCAUCGAGUGGCCUUCGAAUUGAGAAAACUGAGGAUCAGUUAUCCACCGAAAGCAGCUUUAAUGAAAAUCGUUCGCCAGUGAGACAAGUUCCUGGUCUAAAGAAAUUGGAACCCGAAGAUAAUUUACCCAACCCCACAACAGAUCAAGCAUCAGAUUUUGAAAAAAUUGCUGCAAGGAUUGAAAGUUUACUUAAAGAAAGAAAGAAGAGAAAAGAGGAUGAGGCUGACGAUGUCUACUCAAUUCUGUGGGAUUUCGCUGGAGAAUCCGUUUACUAUGUAACACAUCCCCUUUUCCUUACAGCAAGAGCAAUCUACUUUCUUGUUUAUAACCUCAACUUGAACCCAAACGCAAAGGCCAAAAGGCUAGUGGAGCAGGAAGUAUCUGAUGAGUCCCAAGAUAGUUUUAACCUAAAAACUAACUUGGAUUACCUAGAUUUCUGGAUGAAUUCGUUAGCUUCCCUAGCAACAUAUCCCGAAGGCAAGGAUAUGGAUGCUGAAUCCGAGGUAAUUCCCAAACGACUGCCAAUGGUUUUUCUGGUCUGCACUCACGCUGACAAACCUUACGAGGGCAGAGAUGCACGCAAACUCGCAGCUCAAGUGUAUCGAUCUUUGAAGGAGAGACCUUACGGUGCCCAUUUGUAUGGUUUGUAUUGUGUUGAUAAUACAAAGUCCGGUUGUGAGUCUGAGUGUCAAGAAGUCGGCCGCCUGCGAAAGGAUGUUCUCGCUGUUGCUAAGAAAUUGCCCCAUAUCAAAGAGGUGAUUCCAGUUAAAUGGUUAAAGUACGAAAAAACCCUCCAAUGCUGGAAAAAGGGCGGGUAUAAUUUUAUUUCGCUCGAAACAGCCAAAAGGAUAGCAAACCAGGAAUGCGACAUCAGUACUGAAAACGAUUUCAAGACGCUGCUAAACUUUCUGCAUGAUCUAAGAAUCUUGAUCCAUUUUGAUGACACAGCUGAACUAAAUGAUCUAGUAGUCCUAGAUUCUCAGUGGUUGAUUGACGUGUUUAAAAGGGUAAUAACCGUAAAACCCUACGAUUGGGAAAAGGAGCCCUUUUUUGGAUUAUGGGACAAGCUUGAAAAAAAAGGAAUCUUGGAGGAAAAGCUUUUGGAACAUGUUUGGGAACCUCAGCUGAUCGGCAGCAGAGAAAAUUCUGAAAAAUUAAUUGCAUUAAUGGAGAGAUUUAGCUUAUUGUGUUCAUGGCCUUCACGUGGUGUCCCAGGUAACAGGCAGUUCCUCGUACCCUCCAUGCUAAAGUCACAAGCACCAGAGGGUGUCAUGAAAUUGGUUUCCUCCGCGCAAAUACCUUCUCUCGUUGUAAAAUUUGAAUCUGGUCAAGUCCCUGCUGGCCUGUUUCCCAGAUUAGUCUUACAAUUCUUUCAAUGGGGAAAAGAGAGUUUUUGGAGCUCAAAGCGCCUAAAGUUGUUUCACGGCUUUUCCAGGUUUUACACGUCUCAAGAUGCCGGGUGCUCAGUAAUUCUUCUAUGUCACUCGUCUUACAUCGAGGUUGUCUACCAUCAGGGUAACGCAAAUGAUGAGUCGGUAAAUGCUUUGCAGUCACCCCUCUCCCAGAAUUCAAUGAACAAGUUGUACAAUGAAAAUGAUUUAAGCUGUGUCCGGGUUGUCUGUAGACAGUUGGGCUUGAUUCUGGAGUGCAUGCGUAAUCAGUUCCGCUGGCUGAACAGUAUGAGAUACAAGAUGGGUAUCAUCUGCCCAAUCUGCCGUGAACAAAGUGCCGUCGAGUACUGUGAAAGGCAUCAAAGUCUAAAUUGCAAGCAAGAGGAAUGCCUCCACUUUUGGUCCGAGUCUGAACUGUGCGCAUCCAAGGGAGAUGCAUUUUGUAUGGAAUCUGUUUCGGCGCUAAAUAACAGAUUUAACCCUGAGCGCUGGGCUCCUUGGUUUUCAUCUCAGGAUAACUGGGUAAUUAUCAUUACAAGCUGCAUCUGAAAAAAGUAUUGCCUCUAUUGCAGAUAAAAUAAUUCGAGUAAAGCAAUUCUUUGACAAUGGCUUACACAUCUGAUUAAGAAAUUUGAAAGGCUGUUUACUGGGGCGAAUGUAAUUGAAUUUCAAAGAAAAUUAACGGAAAAUAUCAUACAACAAACAAUUUAUUUUUCAGACUUUAUAUCAGCUAGUAAUCAAAGCGAAUGUAGUUAUAACAAUUACUAUCCCGUGAUUUUUUGGCAGUUUUUUAACUCUUCUGAUAUAAUCGUAAUAAUGGUAAUAUGCGAAAAAGUUUUAACCACUUCCUAUUUACGCAUCGUAGGUGGGACGUAGUAAUCACUGUGAUGAACUUUUGUUCCUGGAGAAAGGUGAGGUUCUUACUUAGGUACGCAGAAGUUUUUGCACGAUAGUCGCCAGUAUUAGGCGUGCUCUGCUUUUUUUCUCGUCAAUUUUCUCUUGUAUCUUCCUUUAUUACUUUGAUCAUCAUUAGGUUAACUGUUGAAGUAUAGGUGAUAGGUUCCUCUAAAACACCAAACUUGCGUGAAACAAUACGGAAAAGGUCGAUUUACCUGACAUGUCCGCCUACGCAGAUUUCACUUUAUCCAGCUCUGUUGGUAGUCAUUUCGCCCACACUCGCUUAGUUUUCAAAGAACCAUCUGUUACGGAAUGCUGGCUACCUGGUAAAAAGCUAUAAGGUGUAGCAAUGUUAAUAUAUGAAUAAAUUAUAUGCUUUGUUAGGGAAAGGUGCUACGACUCUCUGUCCCUUGUGAGAUUGUAGACACCCUUUUGGCACAGUCGAAUGAUUGCAAAGAUUUUGUACGACAAUUAGAAGACAAAUUAAAUCUGAAUGACGCCGUCUUGCGAGACCCUGAUCCUAAUACCAGGGUACUGAUUCGUACCCUGGCGAGAAAGGCUAACAAUGCAAGCCGAAGUGAUCUAGUUGAAGAGCUGAGAAAAAUUGUACCGGCGGGAACUACAGGUAAGUUUUAAUAUGGAAACUCAAAUGUACAUUACUUUAAUGACCGCCACACUCAGCCGUCGAGUAUGUUCGUGGAAUAAUAACGUGCUGUGCUUUUUGAAGUAUACUUUUUGAUUGCAAGAUUAUGUCAUCAUAACAUCUGUCAAAUACUCAGCACUCCAAGGCUCGCCAGAUUAUGAAAACGUUAGGAACAUAACUCGUCUCGUUGAUUCUCGAAAUGGCACUCGCACUCUUUUGUUGGCUUAUGCCGAAAAUAUAUCCCAUAUUGAAAGUUCUACAAUCCUAAAUGCUUUUCCUGCAAAUCGUUUUCAUGAUAAUUUAUUUUCCAUUCAUUGGCUUAAUUGUCGUUUUCUCCAGUGGUAAAUUAUAGUGUCCUCCCUGAUAAUUACUAACCGUUUUUCUCACAGAAUUUCUCCGGGCGGGUGAACUAAAACUCUUUUUAAAAUUUGAUUAAAAUCAUUUAAGCUCUAACCGAAAGUUCCGAAACGUUUUGGGUUGUUAGCUGGAGUGCCUAAACAUUCUAUCAUUUUUGAAAAUACAUAUAAAAUUUUCUUAUUUCUAGCUCCAAUGUUACCGGAAAGCCUUCUUGUUCGAGGAAUCCCUUUCAGUCAACUAAAAAAGCUCACUAUCACCUUAAGCGGUAAGAAGACAAAACAAAGUAUUGAGUUUUUCUUCAUUACAAUGUUUCAUAUAAGCGUAUUCAUGUUUUUCUUUCUCGCCUCCUUCCCUCCUUUCCUUCCGAUCUUCUUUCCUCCAUCACUUACUCUCUCACCUGUCCUUGUAUUCAUUCUCACUUUCAUUCUUUCAGCAUAAUAAACAUAGAAUAAUCUUUAUAGAACGUUGCACAAAAAUUCACAAGGCAAAGUAAUAAUAAGUAGAGUACAAAUUACGCGCGAAUCGAGUACAAAUAUCCUGCGAUAUGGUACGGUUAUUUAGACAGUUGGUUAUUUUAUACUGUCAAAAAGCCUGUUUAACCAGUCGGCUGCGCGCGUUACGCUUCACUAUCCGCUUUGCUUUUCCCGCCUUAUGAGAAAUGAGCAGAAACACUUAGCAGAAAAAUAAUAAGUAGAGUACAAAUAACGCACGAAUCGAGUACAAAUAUCCUGCGAUAUGGUACGCUUAUUUUAUGCUGUAAAAAAGGCUGUUUCACCAGUCGGCUGCGCGCGCUACGCUUCUCUAUCCGCUUUGCUUUUCCCGCCUUAUGAGAAAUUUGCAGAAACACUUAGCAGAAAAAAGGCAGCUGGAGAAUUAAUAACUUAUUGGACAUUUUGGUGUGGAGUAUCGCUGAGUAUUUUUACGAGUUGUGCCGUAUUUAAAUACUCUGCGAUAUUACACGCCAAAAUUCCCCGUAAUAAGAUCUAUAUUUCCUGAACCAUUCUGUUCCAUCCUUGUUUAUUCUAUUAGUUCCUUUUGUUCUCUAAUUAAGUUAUCUUGAAAAAGGACCUUUAUGUUUAACGUUGAAGGUGGAGAUGAGUGGAAGAUAUUUGCCGAGCAACUGAGACUAACCCCAGAAUACUCUGCGAUAUUACACGCCAAAAUUCCCCGUAAUAAGAUCUAUAUUUCCUGAACCAUUCUGUUCCAUCCUUGUUUAUUCUAUUAGUUCCUUUUGUUCUCUAAUUAAGUUAUCUUGAAAAAGGACCUUUAUGUUUAACGUUGAAGGUGGAGAUGAGUGGAAGAUAUUUGCCGAGCAACUGAGACUAACCCCAGAAGAGAUUCGUUUCCUUGACAAUCGCACUUUGAAUCCAGCUGAUGCAGCUUUGGGUUACAUUGCACAAAAAUAUCAGAUAACAGUGGGUGAUCUUUAUCACCUUUUAACUGAAUGUGGACUACCCGUCGUAGCCGAUUUGCUUUGAAAGUAGUACUUCUUUUCCAAGUGGACUACAGUCAGUCAGUAACUGAAAAAUGUACAAUAUAAUCAGUUAGAUGUUACUUUGCAAAC